AUGAGUCAGGCUUCCACAGGAUUGCGCGCCGUCUUAAUACCCCGAGUGUACAAAUCGGUUCGGUUUGGCGCGGGCUUUGAAUGGGCUCUGAAUGAUCUCAACAUCGGUACAUUCUUCAGGCGACAUGGCAGCGCAGGGACCGCCCAGCUCCUGCAACUUGCCAGACGAGUCGUUAUAGAGGCUCCAAUCCAGACCGCAAGAUUCCACCGCUGCAUGUACCACACAACACCCCGCCUUGCCCCUGUGUCACACGGCCAGUUAGUCCUGGGACCUGAACCGACUGCCCAUGAUGGCUUCAUGGCCGAGCUGUCCGCUCAGUUGGGCCAGAUUUUUGCCCUGUUCAAAACUGACACACUUCACUCAUUCUGGUACGGCCUUACACUCCUAGCAUGUAUGCUUACUAACGGAGACAGCUGGCACCUAGCCACCUGCAUGCCCCCGGGCACACUUGAUCUGAACGGGUAUCUGAUCCACCACCAGAGAGACAUCAGAAGGGUCUCGCUGAUGACCGACGGAACGUGCCCGCAUGCAGGACAGGGUCUUCAAGGCCUAUCGCAAUUGACAUCAUUAUCGGAGAUCGCAUGGGAGGGCAUUCGGCAUCGCUGGGAGAUCGAGACCCUGCGAGAAUGUCUGCGACAGAACCAGAGCCAUCUGCGCAAGCUGCAAAUCGGGUGCCUGCUAUCUGGUGCGGAUCACCACCUGACCGUUCCCGAGCUCACUCAGCCCUGGCUAGAACUCUCCCAUCACCCAUACCCACCCAAUCCGUUUUCAUCGCUAUCUUCGCUAUCCCUCUCGAACGUGCUUUUUCCAAGCGAGCUAUUAGCGUCCCCGCGAACUCUGUCGUUUCAGUCGCUGCAGGAGCUGCGUCUGCUUCGAUGUGGCAACCAGCUGCACUUCCUGUGGUUAUUGGCGCAGACGGAGAACCGUCCGCCGUUAAAGUGGCUCGAGGUCAACAGCGAUCUAUUCCACGAAUUAGAUAACCGACUGGUCUAUAUAUCCAUCGUGGAACUUUUGCUCUCCUUCCGUGGUCUGCAGCACCUGCACCUCAAGCUGACCAACUUCCCUCGCUUUCUUCCAGGGCUUCGAGAAGCCAUCCUCCACCACCGAUCCUCCUUGAGGUCCUUGAGCUUCCACGAGCGUCAGCUACUUGCGGUAGACGAGGAGGGAUUCUUCGAGGAUGUUCGCGAUGUCUCCCCACGGUGGACCCGUGAUGUCCCCCAGGUCCUCCAGCACUGCUCACUGACCGCGUUAGGUUUAUGCCUGACCCCCCUCAUUGCGGUGAGUACAAUGUCCUACGUGGAAACCAUACCACUGACCAGGGCAGCAUAA